AUCAAGAUAUCGAGCUUGAGCAUAAAAGUCCUACUCAACAAGUACAAAAAAGACUCAAAAAGUUGAAACAAGAUGUUGAGUUCUGUGUUAAUUGCUAUUCUCCCUAUCUUGGGUACUUCGGCCAACCCUGUGGAGAAACGUUGGAGUCAUGCGCCUGAUGUUGGUGCUACAACAUCGGAUGUGUUUCCUCCUACCGGAACAAAAGUAAACUCGGAUCUCUUCCCACCUGAAUCUAUCGUCGGUUAUCCUCAAGGUACACCCACAGGAUUAGAAGCAGCUGCUAUUCAAACCGCACCAGUAUACGCAUACAAUUCCGAUCCUUCAAGUGAAUUCCCUUUGAAAAACGUUGGGACAGAAGAUGGUAUCGACGAAUCAACUUUCGACAUGUUACGAUCCUGGGGAAAUUUAUCUCCUUGGUAUUCCGUCCCAUCAUCAUAUUACGGUCUCGAUUCAGCUUCACCUCUAGCACCCGAAUCAUGUAGUAUAACUCAACUUCAUUUAUUAUAUCGACAUGGUGCACGUUAUCCUACAGCAGGUGCAUUACCAGCACAAUUCGCAGCUUCUUUACAUAACGCUACAGUAAAUGGAACUUGGGACGCAUGGGGUGAAUUAGAUUUUUUGAACACUUGGACAUAUAAAUUAGGUGCAGAACUUUUAUCACCUUUUGGUCGUUUACAAAAUUUCGAAUUAGGUGUUUCUUAUCGUAAUUCUUAUGGUUACCUUUUAAACAAUUUUACAGAACAAGGUACUUUACCUGUUUUCAGAACCGAAUCACAAGAUAGGAUGGUCAAAACUGCUGAAAAUUUCGCAGCAGGUUUCUUUGGAGUACCGGAAUAUUUAGAUCAAGUUAAUAUCGAAAUCAUGGUUGAAGCUCCUGGUGUGAAUGAUACUGGUGCACCUUAUGAUACUUGUACGAACGCGAAUGUUGCUUCAAGAGGUGGGAUAGGAGGAAUCGUUUCGAACGCUUUCGCAACGACAGCUUGGAACAGUACCGUCGAUAGACUUAAUAGUCAAGUUUCAGGAUUGAAAUUUACUGGGAACGAUAUACUUGCCAUGCUUCAAUUAUGUGCUUACGAAACCAAUUCUUUGGGUUAUUCGGCUUUUUGUAAACUUUUCACUCAAGAAGAUUUCCAACAAUUCGAAUAUUAUUUCGAUCUCAGUUUCUGGUAUAACAACGGUGAAACUGAUGAAGUUUCGUCCCACAUCGCAGCAAGGUUUAAGUCUAUACAAGAAUUCGUAGCUCGUUUCGAACAAACUCCUUUAUCAUCAUACGAUUCCACUACCAAUUCAACUCUCGAUACCUCUUCUACUUAUUUCCCUCUCAAUCAAUCCAUUUACGCAGAUGCGACACAUGAAGUAGUCGUCGCUGAUGUUCUUGCCGCUUUGAACCUCACUGCUGUCUUUGGAGAAACACCAUUAGAUCUUAAGAAGAGAGGAGAAUAUACUUUCAAAAGUAGUCAAGUAGUACCGUGGGCCACUCAUUUGACUGUUCAAGUCAUGGAAUGUUCAGAAUAUCAACCUACCAAACAGGUUAGGUUCAUGGUUAACGAUGCUGUCAUCCCUCUUAAUUACGACGGUUGUCCUUCUGAUCCUAACGGUCUUUGUGCUUUCGACACUGUUGUUGCGGCACUAAAGAACCGAAUCGACGAGAUCGAUUUUGAUUAUGCUUGUUUCGGUAAUUAUACCGCCGAACCAGGAGUUAACUAUAAUGGUCUCCCUCCCAAAACCGCUUGAACAUGAAGUGAUAAUCCAAACAAUUUUGAAAGAGAUAACAAAAGAUGCAAGAAGCGUCAUCAGAAUAUAAUCAGGAAUUAAAAGAAGAAUAGAAAUGAAUUGAAAGUAUAUUGAUUGAUAGAAGGACAUGCACUGGGGUUUUUGUC